GAAGCCCCCAACCUAGGGGUGGCGGCAGAACCCGGAUCCCGGAGUACCACGUUUCCCGGAGCCGGACAUCGGGAGACGGCGGGCGAGAAAACCCGGCGCCCGGAAGCUUUUGCUUUCUUUGACGCAAGGGCUCGGGACGCAGCCGCCGUCGGCCGAGCGCCCGGCGAGGAGCGACCCCAGACGGAGUCUUCGGAGUUCCUCCGCCCCCGCCUCGCCGGGUCCCGGAGCCUCAGUCCUUCUCGCAGCCCUCCUGGUGGCCAUGGAGUGUCCGCACCUGAGCUCCAGCGUCUGCAUCGCUCCGGACUCAGCCAAGUUCCCCAACGGCUCCCCGUCGUCCUGGUGCUGCAGCGUGUGCCGGUCCAACAAAAGCCCCUGGGUCUGUCUGACUUGUUCAAGUGUCCACUGUGGAAGGAUUUGGGGAACCUGAAAAUACUUUGUACAGAUAACAUUUAAAAAAAAAAAAAAGAAGAGAAGUAGAAGCACUUAAAUUCUGCACUUGAAGAGACAGAUUCCUCUCCUAGAUUUUGAGAGGUAUGUGAAUGGCCAUGCAAAAAAACAUUAUGAAGAUGCACAAAUACCCUUAACCAACCAUAAGAAAUCAGAAAAGCAAGAAAAAGCACAGCACACGGUGUGUAUGGAUUGCAGUAGCUACAGUACAUACUGUUAUCGCUGUGAUGAUUUUGUGGUUAAUGACACCAAGCUGGGACUGGUACAGAAAGUCAGAGAACACUUGCAGAACUUGGAGAACUCAGCUUUCACAGCUGACAGGCAUAGGAAAAGAAAACUUUUGGAAAACUCAUCACUGAACAGCAAGUUACUAAAAGUAAAUGGCAGCACCACUGCCGUUUGCGCCACGGGCCUUCGGAAUUUGGGGAACACGUGUUUCAUGAACGCCAUCCUGCAGUCGCUCAGUAACAUUGAGCAGUUUUGCUGUUAUUUCAAAGAACUGCCUGCCGUGGAAUUACGAAAUGGGAAGACAGCAGGGCGGCGAACGUACCACACCAGGAGCCAGGGGGACAGCAACGUGUCUCUGGUGGAAGAGUUUAGGAAGACACUCUGUGCUUUAUGGCAAGGUAGCCAGACUGCGUUUAGCCCAGAGUCCUUAUUUUAUGUUGUUUGGAAGAUUAUGCCCAAUUUUAGGGGUUAUCAGCAGCAGGAUGCCCAUGAGUUCAUGCGCUACCUGCUAGACCACCUGCACUUGGAACUCCAGGGUGGUUUCAACGGUAUUUCCCGCUCGUCAAUUCUGCAAGAGAAUUCUACUCUGUCUGCAAGUAACAAAUGUUGCAUAAAUGGAGCAUCUACGGUUGUCACGGCUAUAUUCGGAGGCAUUCUCCAAAAUGAAGUUAACUGUCUCAUAUGUGGGACAGAAUCUAGAAAGUUUGAUCCAUUCCUAGACCUUUCAUUAGAUAUUCCAAGUCAGUUCAGAAAUAAGCGCUCUAAGAAUCAAGAAAAUGGACCAACUUGUUCAUUACGAGACUGUCUUCGCAGUUUUACUGACUUAGAAGAGCUUGAUGAGACAGAGUUAUAUAUGUGCCACAAGUGCAAGAAGAAGCAAAAGUCCACUAAGAAGUUUUGGAUUCAGAAACUGCCCAAGGUGCUAUGCUUACAUUUGAAAAGAUUUCAUUGGACAGCAUAUUUAAGAAACAAAGUUGAUACAUAUGUAGAAUUUCCCCUGCGAGGCCUAGACAUGAAAUGCUACUUACUAGAGCCCGAGAACAGUGGCCCAGAGAACUGCCUGUACGACCUUGCUGCUGUGGUUGUGCACCAUGGCUCUGGGGUCGGUUCUGGACAUUACACAGCAUACGCAACUCACGAAGGCCGCUGGUUCCAUUUCAAUGACAGUACUGUAACACUGACUGAUGAAGACACCGUGGUGAAGGCCAAGGCCUACAUCCUUUUUUAUGUGGAACGCCAGGCCAAAGCUGGAUCGGACAAACUUUAAUACCUCCUCCAAAUCAUUAUUCGUCAACUAUGCCGGACAGACAUUUCCAAUUUUCCAUAAAUACUUGAUCCAAGAUUUAAUUUCAUUAUGCACUUUUCAGUUUCCUGUUUUGGGUUUAGUUUUAUUUUGUCAAUGGUAGUGACUUAUUGAACAUGGGCACCAACUAAUUUUUUUUGUUUUUAGUUCUACCAGAAAACCUCAGCAGAUAUUUUGAUUUGCUGCUUUAGUUGUAAUAAUUCAGUUUUUAUAUGUAGUUUCAAGAACUUAGUUCUAUUUGACUUUUUUAUAUUAAUGUUCAGUUCUCACUUUGAGGCACAUUUACGUCAAUGCUUUGUUACUCUCAUAUGCUGAAAGCGAGAGAUGUUCCCGACUGUGAAGAGCAAUGUAACACCUACUGCCUUCUCACAGAUCCAAGGGAGAUCAGGCUGGCUCUAAACCAAGUAUCAUGUGUGCACAUAAAUCUGUGGCUCACGAGAGUUCAGUGACUGCUCAGUAAUCAUUCUUUCUGCUUGUAAAAGAGAACAGGAAGGGCAUCAUUAAAUAGACCAGGUGACUGCUGCUCUUGAUCUCUCUCAAAGGUGCUGUUUAUCAGCACUAACUAAAUAAAUCGGUUGAUUCAGUUAUACCUACAUUGCAAAUUCAAGAAUUACUUUUUUUUUUUUUUGGUUUGGGGGCACUUUCAUAGAGGAGAUAGGGGUACUGAACAGUCCAAAUAAGACCAAAUACACUUAAAAGUGUUCCAAAAAUUCUGUGACUCAGCUACAUGUUAUCCAAGCAUUAUUUAUCCAGUGUGAAGAAACUGUAGUGUUGUUUGCCUUUUUGAGUCAGCACCUAAUUCCCCCAUUGGUUGUAGCACUGGGGUUAACUGCAUGUCCACUCUAGUCCUGCUUCUUACUUAGCCACCAGAGGUUGAGAUGCUACCUUCCAAAGUUGAUUCCGACCAUCACCUAAACUUCGGGAACACUGUGGAGUCCACAGGAGGAAACUAAAGUCUUUAAGUUUUGACAACUCUUUAAAGCUCUCACUGGCCUAUCCUCAUUGCAGAGCAAAUGAAAAUAGCUUCACUUUGAAUAAGUAGAGUUUUUCUUGUUUAGGUUAGCAGUCUUUUAAAAUUGUUUUCAAGAAAAGUACACACUAGCACUGCUGCUGCUAAGUCGCUUCAGUCGUGUCCAACUCUGUGCGACCCCAUAGACGGCAGCCCACCAGGCUCCCUGAUCCCUGGGAUUCUCCAGGCAAGAACGCUGGAGUGGGUAGGCACCAGCACUACUUAGCUUUAAUUCAAAUUGAAAUCUGGAACCAGAAUCCCAUCUAAUGAAGCUUCCUGUGCUUUCCAGAAGUGUUUUCAAGCCAGCCUGCUGGUCUUGGGGUGCUGUGCUUUCCAGAAGUGUUUCAGCCAGCCUGCUGAUCUUGGGGUGCUGUGCUUUCCAGAAGUGUUUCAGCCAGCCUGCUGAUCUUGGGGUGCUGGUGCACAACGUACAAAUUAGUGAGAGGAGGAGGGAGCUCCGGCUGGGCCUGUGCAAGAGGAACACGCCCAUUUUCAUGCUUGCUGCUUGUUCCAGUCGGUAUUUUCCUCCCAUCCCAGUUCUCUACAAGUUCUUACGGGGGUAGAGAAUGCAGUUAGUUUAUGUUAAGCUAGCCAAUCAGACUUUCUCAUAUUAUUUUUUUCUGUUAAAAAAAAUGGUCCAGAUUUUAAGUGUAUGGAUGUAAAAGAAAGUUGAGUGGCACUCCCCCUAGCUUGGAUAUUUGAAGCUGCGGGAGCAGAGCUGCUCCAUUCCCACUUUAAUAGUAGCUGGAAAAAUCCCACAUUUUCUCAGAGCAGAACACACCUGCUAAACUGUUUAAAAUAACUAGGAGCAAAUUAUGUCUGAAUAUCUACUGUCCAAUACAGUGGUCACUGGCCACAUAUAGUUAAGUGUUGAUUUUAAUUAAAAAUAUAUUGAAAACUCAGUUCUUCAGUCACACUGGUCAUGGUUGAAGCUCUCAGCAGCCACUGGGCACAGGACCACCCAGGGCUGGACGGUCCACCUGUGUGCAGAGCUCUCUGACACUGCUGGGCUAGUUUCACUGCAGAGAAAAAAGCUUUGCCACCAUGUAAUCUUACAACUUAAAGAGAGCCCAGAAGAUAAAACCAAGAGGAAAACAUGUAUUUAAAACAGUUUACAAUGGUAAAUUACAUACUUCGAGCCACAACUUUUUGAACUGCAGAAAUGACAGUCUCACAUAAUUUGAUCUACUGUAUCAGUACAUUAAUAUCACAUGUCACUGAACUAGAAACGUGCAUCUCCUCUGACCUCGCUCCUAUGAAUCCAGUCUCUUUUGCUUAGAAGAUACACAGCUGUAACUUCUAACAUUUGCACUUAGAUCACUGCGUGGGCCGCAGUUAUAAUUCCAACAAGAAAGCCUCGAGCAGUGUUGAUGGAGGAAAAUGGCCUUUCUACCAAAUGGAACUUACAACAGACUAGACUACUUUGUUGGGGAAAGUGGUCCUCACACAGGCAACACUGUUGGCCUAGGAGAUGAACACACCUCCUCUCUUGAAUUUUGCAGUGUUUCUCUCUUCAUUUUACUAAAGCAGACAUGCCUGAAGGAUACCAUGAAGGUUCUUUGGAAAAGCGACUGGAUCCAUGUGAACUGUGCACUUGAACACCAGUGAUGUAAAUGUGCCUGUUUCUAUUUUGAAAAUUUUAACUGUGCAGCCUUAUCACGCCUACUUUGAAAGCUGACCUUCGUGCUCUUCAGGGCUGUUCCCUGGCGCCGUGUUGCCUCUAGCACGUGUGGCUUCCCACUCAGAGAGCAGUGCUGAGGCAGGGCCUCAUGCUGAGGCACAGGGCUCCUCGGAACAAAGCUUCCUCAGAAGUCCUCCCACACAGGUGGGUGAAAGAAACAGUUUGUGGCAACACAAAUCUCUCUCCAUGGUGGAGAAAACCUUUGCUUAUCCACUGUAUUCUACUCAGUGUCUAGUGAUGACAAAUGUAAUGGAAUUAAACCAGUAAAGUGUAUGGGCCCUGGUUAAGUGUUAAAUGUGCAUCUCACCUGUGGAACCUACUCAGCAGCUUGGUUUCUAGGGUUGGGGACAUAUUUAUUUCUUAAAGCCAAACCUCUCCUUCAUUGGUUUAGUGUGUGUACAUACGUCUGUUUAGAUAUACUUAUCCCACUUCCACCUCUACCGUCCCCUAAACUCUCACGUUCCCUUUGUAGCUGAAGUGGCCUCUUCUCGUGGGCCCUGGAGAAGCUCCUGAGCAAAGUCUGUUUCUGCAGCCAGGAACAGAUAAGAGGGGACCAGAGCGUGGCCGCAGGAGGGUGCCCACAGCGUAGGAAGGAGUGGGCGUGGGUGGCGUCAUGCUGUAGCCCAAGGUCUGUGCAUCACCUCGCUGGGUUAGGACCUUCCCCCUCAGGUCUGACUGUGAUGGACUUCAGACUUCCCUCUGCAAGUGUUGGUUGUGUGAGAGGUAAUCAUUUCCACUGAAGCCUAGUUUGUAUGAUGCUGAGAGGAUUACUUGUGCAAGUGACUGAUUUAAGUUGUAAUCACAGCCCUUUUCUGCUUCACCUACCUGAACUGUUUGAUGGAAAGUAUCAUUAAAGAUCUGGUCUCUUCCCUUUU